AUGAGCGGCCUCCGAUUCCUCGACCUGGUCAAGCCCUUCCUCCCUUUCAUACCCGAGGUCUCAGUCCCGGAGACGAAGACCGCGUUCAACGAGAGAUUAGUAUGGACGUCCGUCACGCUCGUCAUCUUCUUGGUGAUGAGCCAGAUGCCAUUGUACGGCAUUGUGUCGUCUGAUACAUCUGACCCUCUAUACUGGCUGCGCAUGAUGAUGGCCAGUAAUCGAGGCACGCUCAUGGAGCUGGGUAUCACGCCCAUCAUCUCCUCCGGCAUGGUCUUCCAGCUCCUCGCUGGCACCCACCUCAUCGACGUCAACCUCGACCUCAAGUCCGACCGUGAGCUCUACCAGACUGCGCAGAAGCUCCUCGCCAUCAUCAUCUCCUUCGGCCAGGCCUGCGUCUUCGUCCUGACUGGUCUUUACGGUCUGCCAAGCGACCUUGGCGCUGGUAUCUGCGUCCUGCUUGUCGUGCAGCUACUCACUGCGGCGCUGGUUGUCAUCUUGCUUGAUGAGCUGCUACAGAAGGGCUAUGGAUUGGGCAGCGGUAUCUCGCUCUUCAUCGCGACCAACAUCUGCGAGUCCAUCGUCUGGCGCGCAUUCUCGCCUACCACUGUCAACACUGGCCGUGGACCUGAGUUCGAGGGCGCCAUUAUCGCGCUUGUGCAUCUGUUGGUCACCUGGCCAAACAAGACGCUCGCUCUCAAGGAGGCCUUCUACCGUCAGAAUCUGCCGAACGUCAUGAACCUGAUCUCGACCAUCAUUGUCUUUGGUGUCGUGAUCUAUCUGCAAGGCUUCCGCGUCGAGAUCCCAGUCAAGUCCUCCCGCCAACGCGGCAUGCGCGGCUCCUACCCCGUCCGCCUCUUCUACACCUCCAACAUGCCCAUCAUGCUGCAGUCCGCCCUCUCCUCGAACGUCUUCCUCGUCAGCCAAAUGCUCUUCAACAGGCUCCCAGACAACCUCCUCGUCAAGCUCAUCGGUGUGUGGGAAGCUCGCGAAGGCUCCAGCCAGGUUUUGCCAGUCAGUGGUCUGGUAUACUACAUGAGCCCGCCGCUCAACAUCAAGGAUGCGCUACUCGACCCGUUGCACACCGCCGUCUUCACCGCCUACAUGCUCGUUGCUUGUGCCGCUUUCAGCAAGACGUGGAUUGAGGUUUCAGGAUCAUCGCCAAGGGACGUCGCGAAGCAGCUGAAGGAUCAGGGACUUGUGAUGGCCGGACACCGAGACGAGAGCAUGUAUCGCGAGUUGAAGCGUGUCAUCCCGACUGCUGCGGCUUUUGGUGGUGCGUGCAUUGGCGCGUUGUCGAUCGUCAGCGACCUUGUUGGUGCUUUGGGCAGUGGAACUAGCAUUCUGAUGGCCGUGACAAUCAUCUACUCGUACUUCGAAAUCGCGGCAAAGGAAGGAGACAUGCAAGGCCUGAAAGGUGCAAUCAUGGGAUAA